AGACCACAAACAACCAUCCAUCCACAUCCCCGUCUCCCGCGAACGUAUCUUCUUAACCUUGGAUCUACCUGCUGCCGCACUUCAGUGAAAUCCAUUUCGAUGGCCGGCAUUGGUGAGGCGGCGGAGAGCAGGGAGUGGUUCUUGACUGCCUACGCGCCGGACGGCGUGCCAACCUCCGAUCACCUGAAACUCAGAACGGUGAAGCUAGCACUGGAUGCUGAUUCCAUCCCUUACCAGCACGUGGCGGUCGAGGCCCUCUGGGUGGCCGUGGAUCCGUACAUACGGUUCAUGAUGAAUGGUCGGGAGGACGGCCUCUAUUUUCCCCAAUUUGACUUCAAUCAGGUCAUAAAGGGAUUUGGAGUAGCAAGGGUAAUUCGGUCCACGGAUGAUAGAUUCUCCGAGGGUGAUAUCGUAAUUGAACCCUCUCUACCCAUAGCUGAAUAUAGUGUUAUACCGACGACAUCCCUUCGAAAUGUUGAUCCAAAGGCCGAGAUUGCAUUGCCGGAUUACCUAGGCCCUCUUGGAUUGCCGGGAUUUACUGCAUGGGUUGGAAUAGAGCUGAUUGCAAACCCGAAGCCAGGCUCCACCGUGUUCAUAUCAGCGGCAGCUGGAGGUGUUGGAAUGCUCGCCGGACAAUUGGCAAAAUUUAGAGGCUGUCGGGUCAUUGGAAGCACUGGGUCGGACGAAAAGGUGAAACUUUUGAAGGAGUUGGGGUAUGACGAUGCAUUCAACUACCACAAAGAGACUGAUCUUGAUGCUGCUUUAUCCAAGUAUUUCCCGAAUGGCAUUGAUGUGUACUUGGACAAUGUGGGUGGGAAGAUGCUAGAGGCAGUUCUCAACCAUGUCAACACUGGAGCUUGCAUUCCGCUUUGUGGCAUGAUAUCUCAGUAUAACAAGACGUGGACUGAGAGAGAAGGGGUGAGGAACCUAAUGAACAUGGUGGGAAAAAGUGUUACAAUGCAAGGCUUCCUCGUUGGAUCGUAUUUCGAUCGUUUCGGAGAGUUCACUAAGGAGAUGGAAAGGUACGUAAUUGAUGGGAAGAUCAAGUCCCAAAGCACAAUUUACCAUGGGAUUGAGAGCUUCUUGGAGGCUUUUGCUUCCAUCUUCUCAAGCUCUAAUGUUGGAAAAGUUAUCAUUCAAGUUCGUCCUUAACGUCGACUUAAUUUACUUUUUAUCCUUUUUCGGCUUUAUAUUAACUUAAUGUAUGUCAUAAUUUUAUUUGUCGCAAAAAAACAAAAUUGUACUGAUGUUUGAAUUUUUAGUUAUAUAUUCCAUGUGAUGUAUUUUGAG